AGCACGUUGUCGCCUAACUCUUGUGUGUGUAGGUGUCCGGUGUGUCUAUCGCCGUCGAGAAAGCAGUUGUGUUUCACUUCGGAGGGAGCUAGACAUAACCAAUCGAAGUUUCCACUGGUCCCGCAUAUCUGCCACCAAGCUGUCCCCGUCACUGAUCGCGUCCGCGUUAUACACCACCGUUCCUGCGAUGUCUAUCCGUGUCCAGUUCGAAAACAACAAUGAAAUCGGCGUUUUUGCCAGGCUGACCAACAGAUACUGCCUGGUCGCGAUCGGCGGGAGCGAAAACUUCUAUUCUGUCUUCGAAGGUGAACUCAGCGAUCACAUACCCGUCGUUCACACAUCGAUUGCCGGUUGCCGAAUCAUAGGUCGAUUGUCAGUCGGGAAUCGUAACGGACUCAUCGUCCCGUUCACCACAACAGACCAGGAACUUCAGCACUUGAGAAACUCCCUGCCAGACGACGUCCAGAUCCAGAGGGUAGAAGAAAGACUGUCGGCUCUGGGGAACGUUAUCGCGUGCAACGACUACGUAGCUCUCGUUCACCCCGACCUCGACAAAGAAACGGAGGAAAUUAUCGCCGACACCCUGAAGGUGGAAGUUUUCCGCCAGACAGUCGCUUCGCAGACCCUCGUAGGGACGUACUGCGCGCUCUCUAACCGCGGAGGUCUCGUUCAUCCCAAAACGACUAUUGAGGACCAGAGAGAACUUUCGUCUCUACUCCAAGUUCCGCUCGUAGCAGGAACCAUCAAUCGAGGGAGUGAAGUCCUCGCUGCCGGUCUAGUUGUGAACGAUUUCGCUGCGUUCUGUGGAAUGGACUCGACCGCGACCGAAAUGCAGGUGGUGGAGAAAGUCUUCCGAAUCGGAGAAGGAAUGCCGUCUGCCAUCACUCAGGAAUUGAAGGCAACACUGAUCGAGAGCAUGACUUAGUCCGAUUCUCAUUAAGCAUUCAUCCUGUACAUUUAUUGUAACCUCCUGCCGGUCCUCCGAUAUCAGUCUGUGACAAAGGUUUCUUGACGAAAUAGAAGCAAGAUGCGGAUAUACAAUUAUAAUAAAGCGAGAGCUCUCCGACAGAGUCUAAACGCUUCCCCGGGAAUUGCCCUCCGUCCAUUCCGCAA